CAUGCCAACUCUGGCGGAAACGCUACAGAAUCGAUUAUUGGAGAGCCUUCAAGAAUCUUCGGGGUUUAGUUCUGAUGGGCGCGCAGAGGGUCAUCUGUCGUGACCACAACCGCAUGGGUCAUCCCGUCGACUUCGUUCAACUCAUCGCACGUCGACAGCAAAAUCGCAUGACAUUUCAAUAAGCAACCGAAUCGAAUUCCUGGGCAAGCCACAUGCGCGUAUUGACAAAACCGAAAGCGGUCGAAUGCCUUUGGUCGUGUUCGGCGACCCAACAGCACGCGCUUUUACGCCGUCCUUCGUGGUUUGCCGGAACUUCAGGUCGUUUGCGAUGGAAUCGAUUGCGUCAUGCAAACAUGGACACCAUCCACCGCCACGGAUCGACGAUGGGCUCCCGGCCGUAUUCGAUCCGAUUUGUUGUGGAAGCACGUCGCGACGAGGGGUGCACGGUCUGUACCAACCAGCACUGCUUGGUCUAGUUGAUCAAAGGCACGGCCGAAGCAAUCGAUCGCUGCAGGUGCGAGUUCAUCGCGAGAGGCGGCAGAUCGACGGCGCUGUCAAUCGCGAUCACGUGGACUCGCCACAUUUUGACGUCCAGCACAUACAUCGACCGGUUGUACGAGACCGCGAUAAGUCCACACAAGAAUGCGGACGCCUUGUCCAAGUACAAGGUGCUCUUGACAAUCCACGGUUGUUUGUUGUAGAGGUACAAUGCCCCGGCGGGCAAGAGAUGGGACGUGGUGUGGUGGGGCAGUCGGAACUGUGGUCGGCGCCACCGUUGCCACACGUAGCACAGCACGAUGACAACGGAUGUGAGCAGGACGAGUUGAACCACGCGAGCCAAGCUCCCAAUUUGCACAACACCGGCACAACACUCGACUUGAAAGUUCACCUGCGGGGCCGUGCACGUGCGGUGGAGGACAAAUGUAGGCUCGACUGGAUACGUCAUGCUGAGGAGCGUAGCGAGGGCCGCGACGGCGACAGUGCUAUUCCACGAGUAUUUGUUGGUGAGGUCUCUCGUCGCUGCCAUCCCGACGUCCGUGAUAACGAUGACGAGCCAGCAUGCCUCGGAUCCGCUGAACAACGUGGCGACCCACUCGUCGCUGGCGCGUUUGGCUAGCGUGGUAAAAUUUCCCGACUGUUCGAGCCGUGGUGACGACGUAGCGAGCAACAGAAUGGCCACGAGGCUGCGAAGGCACAAGAGGGGGCGGCCGACCCAGACGAUUCCAGCCACUCGAUUCACCUUCAUCAUGUUGAGACCUUCAACGCGCCCCUUCGACGCAGCGAUGUACACGAUCGUGAUCAACGUGACGACAAAGAUGACGGCCGUCGUGUACUGGAGGCACAGCAUGCAGUAGAAUGCCACGUUGGUCGGAAUCUCCAAAGGAUUUGGCUGAGUCGACGUGUACGUUUGGUAGGUUGACAUGAUAUUCAUCGUGCCAACAUCGCCCUGGAACGACACCACCUCGCGAAACCCCAUCGCCCAUUCGAACACGAUUUGCCACGCGACCAGUUCAAAGUGGGGGUCCGCCGGGUCAAAGAGGGGCGCGCGCAGCAGCUCGAGCGGAGACGACUCGUCCAAUUGUGCGUACUGGACCACCUCCAGUUGCAUGUCGAGCAGACCCUGCUUUACUUCCUGGGACGAUUGGAAGAGAGCUGCUUGAGAUGUCCGCGACAUGUACUCUCUCGUCCACGCAAGCACAGCCAAGAAGCUCUUCUUACAGGUGGUGGACGGCGUCGUGAUGUUGGAGCAAGCGUCGCUGAUGAAGGCGCAUCCGUCGCCGCCGCUCGGGCAUUUCAAGUGGCCCCCCCACGCGAUGGACGAAAAGGCUAGGCCUCGCCUGGUCAGGGGAAACACCUCCAUGACGUACGCGCCACACGACAUGUACAUGGUCAGGAGCGCGAUCAUUCCAGACGGCAGGGGCCCACCGCCCACGAUGGCAGGACACAGAAUGUUGCCGCCUUUCGAUUCAGAAUAUCGCUGCCAGGCGGUAGGGAUGGGCUUCAUCACGUCGCUGGUGAAGGAGACGUCCACUUGGGCGUCAUCGUGCGUCAGCAGCGCCGCGUGGUCCACUUCGAGAAAUGCUCGAACCAGACGUAGAACAGGCUCGGGACAGCCAACGUGAAACAUGUCGGUGCUGCCAAACGGCCCGACGACCGAACGAACCAACGAGAGGCCAGGGUCGAGCGGCAGCGAGAUGGUGUCGUUUCGAGCCAACACAGACUCGAUCGAGUCAUUGCGAAAGGCAAAGGUCGCGCUGCUUCGAAUCAAGCUCGCCCCUGGACCCUCCAUCGUUGUGUUUGUGAUGGCCCACAAGUCGCCGCCCCAUCCCCAAUACAUCUUUCGGGACGUUUCCAAGUCGAAGCGGAACGUGCCGUUGGAAGUUUUCAUGGUCAGAGGGUACGACAUGCCGAGGGCACUUUGCACGACCAACGUUUCGACCAGCCCGAUCGACUUGUAGUUCUGCCACUGCACAGUAAACGUAGUGAUGUUGUGUGCAGCCCAGAAGAGCAGCUCGU